UAAUAUUGUUUAAGUAACAAGAAAAUCUGCUUAAGAAAAAUCUUGUAUGGUUGUGUAAAGUAGAGAAUAAAUGCCAAAGAAGUUUAAGGGAGAGAACAGCAAGGCAGCUGAGGCCCGAGCCAGAAAGGCGUCAGCGCAGGCCGAGGCUGCUGAGAGAAAACAGCAGGCCAUUGAAGAUGAAUACUGGAGAGAUGAUGACAAACACGUACUGAAAAAACAGCAAAGAAAGGGUGAAAAGGAGAAGAAGAGACAAGAACAAUUAGACAGGAAAAAGGAACUUCAGAAGCUUCAUGAUGAGGAAAUGGCAUCCAUUAAAAAGUCUGGUCCAAUUCCUCAGACCAAGGUCACACGAGCAGAAAUAGACAGACACAGGGAGUUAGAGCAGAAGGCCAGACAAGAAGCUGCUAAAAAACAGAUGAAAGAGGAGGAGGAGCCACCUAUAGAAGAGAAUUUAAAUAGACUCCAGAUUGAGGGUCACGAGGCCAGAUCUGUUACAGAGGCUUUAUCUGUUUUAAGCAACAAACCUGAAGAGGUAGAUUUACACCCAGAAAAGAGAUUAAAAGCUGCUUACAAAAAGUUUGAAGAAACCAACCUUCCAGGCCUUAAACAGGAGAAUCCCAACAUGAAACUGUCACAGCUUAAACAUAUGCUAUGGAAAGACUGGCAGAAAUCCCCGGAAAAUCCACUAAACCAGAGGACAGCAGCCUCAUGAUGGAGUGUGGUGUUGUUAUGCAGUAUCCCUGAGCAGUUUCUAUCAGUUAAAAUGCUACCAACAGUCUAUUGUGGUCACAUAAAAAAAAACAUUGUAGUGGAAUUGUUAUCUAAAUGUGUCAAACAUCUUAGUUGUACAUUGUAUAUAAGUAAACAUGCGGUAAAACUUUUGUCAGGAGUUGAUUUUUAAAGGAAAAACUGCUUUUGAAUAGUCAAGCCUUCUGGUGCUCUUGAAAAUUAAAAAAAUGUUCUAUUUAUAUAUUACUGUCCUGGUGUUCAAUUACAUUCAGACUGGAAAGAGUUUGAAGAAAACAAUCCCCAAUAUCAACAUAAAUUAAUCAAUAGUAUAUUAUUUUCUUAUGAAGUGAAAAUUGCAUUCAGUACUAUAGACUUUUUAGCUCACCUGAGCUGAAAGCGCAAGUGAGCUUUUCUGAUCACCUGUUGUAUGUAAACGUUUCACAUUUUCAACCUCUUCUCAAAAACUACCAGGCCAAUUUUAACAAAAGUUGUUACAAAGCAUCUUUAGGUGAAGUGGAGUUUAAAUUGUUAAAAUGAAGGACCAAGCCCUCUUACAAGGGGAGAUAAUCAAGAAAAGACAAAAAUAGGGUGGGGUCAUUAAAAAAUACAACUGGCCCAGAAAAGCUGAAACCUUAGUGGAAGCAUCCUGGGAAAGUAUAGAUUCUAAAUUGUUCAAAUCAUGACCCCCGGGGGUAGGGUGGGGCCACAGUAGGGAAUCCGUGUUUUACAUUGAAAUAUAUAGAAAAAAAUCUUUAAAAACCUCCUUUUCAAGAACCACUGGGCCAGAAAAGCUGAAACUUAUAUGGAAGCAUCCUGGGGAAGUGUAGAUUCUAAAUUAUUCAAAUCAUGACCCCGCUGGGGUAGGGUGGGGAAAUUUUGUGAAGAAGAGCAGGGCCAAAGUUACUCAGGUGAGCGUUGUGGCCCAUGGGCCUCUUGUUACAUAUUGUUUAUGUCUGAUUUAAACCCAGUGCAUAUUUUUCAUGUAUUAAAAUGUUAACAUAUCUUUGACUUUAAAAAAAAAACGCUUUUUAAAUGAUUAAGUUUCAAUAAUAUUCAUUUCACAUACAAAAGUUAGAAACUUUAAGGCUUGAUUACUGGGGAGGUGAGGGUAGGAGGCUUUAAAAUGAUGUCAGAAUAGUAAGCAGUGCACUCACACCUUAGUGAAAUAUUUUUUUAUGAUUUAACAUUAUAAAUCCUUGUUUGUAUGAAGAUUAUUUUCUUGAAGAACUUUCUGUGAAUAUACAUGUAUGUAUACAUGUAUUCAACAAGUUGUGAUUAUUUGUACAGCAUUAGAUUUUCCACUUUAUACAUGUACAAUAAAGUUUAGAAGGCUUGUUGUAUUCACUA